UAUAACGUUCAUUGUUGACAUCUUUGUUUACAAUUUCGCAUAUUUCAGUUUAGUGAAAUGUUUCGAAUAUCAAAAAAUCUUUGUUCAUUUUCCCCAUCAGGCAAGUAUCUAGCAACAGUAUUACAAAAUGAAUUGUCAAUAAAAAUUAGCAAAUCUGGAGAAAAUUAUCAUUUGUUUACAUUUCUUGAUACAAUUGAGUAUAUCGAAUGGUGUCAGAAUGAUCAAUUGAUUCUUUGUGCGAGUCCGAAAAAAGCAUUUAUUCAAGUUUUUUCAAUUAAACAACCAGAAUGGGUGUUCAAAUAUACUGAAGGGAGUGCAGGAAUUGACAGUGUUUCUUGGGGGCCAGAUUAUAAAUCUCUAAUAAUUAUAUCCGAGUUUAAGAUUCAAGUUUCUAUUCUUACAUUAGAUGAUCAUCGAGUAACGCAUAUACUAAAUUUAAAAUCCUCAGUAAAACAUCUUGAUGCAAAUGAAUUUUCAAAACAGUUAGCAGUAAUAGUGGCAACAAAUGGUGAAGAAAAUGUUGAAAUUUACAAAGCUGAAGGAUGGAAAUUAAGUAGGAAACUUAUUUGUGAUAAAUUAUUUGCUAUUGAUGGAAUCUCUUGGUCACCAAAUGGAGAGUUAUUAGGUAUAUGGUGUUCAACUAUUGGUAAAUCAAGAUUAUUAAUUUAUUCUACUGUGACUGACUCUCAUAUCGGAGCAUUUAGCAGUGAAAAUAAUUCAAGUAUAGACCAAUUAUCAACAUCAAUCUAUGCAAAUUCAUCAGAAAAACCUGUUAGAGGAAUUGAACAUGUUGUUUGGAGUCCUAGUGGACAAUUAGUUGCUAUUGCAGGCAACAAUGAGACGGUAGCUUUAGUGAAUCACAUCACAUGGUCAGUCAUUUUACAACUUUAUUGCAGUCCUGUUAUAAAAGAUGGCAAUUAUCUUGGAAGAGUCUUCAAAGAGGUUGAUAUUUCAAGAAGAGAUUGGUCUACUUUUACAACUUCAACUUUUAUCAUAGAUCAUCACAUUCGAUAUCUUUUGGAAGAAGUUCAUGAAAGACCUAUAAAUGUACUUAUUGAUGGUGAACCUAAAAAUUGGGAAGUAUCUAUUGCUACAUUUGAUAUUUUAAAAUUUAGUCCAUGUGGAAAAUAUCUAGCAAUAAGACACCAAGUUUAUCCAACAACACUAUGGAUUUGGGAUGUGCUAGAAGACGUUGUUGAUAAUAUUCUAUUGAAAAACUCUGUAUCAGGAAUUGCAUGGGAACCAACGAAAACUCGUUUAUUAAUUUUUUCCGAAUCUUCAACAAUAAUUGAAUGGAAACCAAAUAAAAAAGCAACAUGUUUCGAGUCUCCACGAGGAAUGAAAGUUGUAGAUGGAAAGUGGAACCCGAAUGGUGAAUUAAUUGUUUUAGUAGGAUAUAAUAAAAGUUCAGUGAUAUGUUUAAAGGAUUAAAAUUCAUUGUAUAAAUUAAAAAAUUUUUUUUUACUUUUUUUUUAUAAAGAAAAACGUUAUCAACAUUUCUGUACAGUUUUUUUUCUUAAUUACUGUAUCAAUCACAAAGUUAUGAAAGUAUUAGCUGAAUAUAUUAUUAAAUCAC